AUGGAUUUUUUUUUUCCCAAGGGAACCAAAAUCACCUUCACGACGGAUGACCAUGGGCUGGCAUUCUGUGUGGGUACCCCCGUAACCAGGGCUGAAUUUUAA